UUUUCUAUUGUAUAUUCUCCAGCACUCCAACCCUCCAUCAUGACAUCCUCUGACCCCAAUGCUUUCGUUUUCUACAGAUAUCAUCCUUCUCUCAUAGCUGCAGCUAUAUUCGUUGCCUGCUUUGCUAUUACCACACUUCUCCAUAUCUCCCAAGCUGCGAGGGCUCGAACAUACUACUUCAUUCCAUUGAUCAUCGGAGGCUUGCUUGAAUGCAUAGGAUAUGUCGGGCGAGCACUUGCUCACAACGAUGAAACCGACAUGUCCAUAUUUAUCAUGCAAACAUUGACGAUCCUUGUCGCACCAGCCCUCUUCGCGGCAUCCAUAUACAUGAUUCUAGGUCGUAUUGUCCUUGCGACACGAGGCGAAAGUGUAGCUCCCAUUCGAGCUAGCAGGUUGACCAAGAUUUUUGUCUGCGGUGACGUGGUUGCAUUUCUUGUGCAAGCAGGAGGGGGAGGAUUGAUGGCUCAACAGAAGACCCAAAACAGCGGAAAGUUCAUUGUCCUCGGCGGUCUCUUCAUUCAAAUUAUCUUCUUCGGAAUAUUUGUCAUAACAAGCAGCAUCUUCCACAAACGACUCGCUGGAUCGCCGACGCAAGAGUCUCUGGCUGUCCCUUGGCAGAAAUAUAUGUUUGCUCUGUACUCUGCAAGCCUUUUGAUCUUGAUCAGAUCCGUGUUUCGUGUGAUCGAGUUUGCGGGAGGGAAUACGGGGCCAUUGGAAUCUAGUGAGGUCUACUUGUACGUUUUCGACGCCAUACUUAUGCUUGGGGUCAUGGUUGGUUUUAAUAUUGUUCAUCCUGGGGCUAUCAUUGGAAGGAAGGCUCAGAAAGACAAUAUUUUGUUGAGUGAUAGGGAAAGUGGAAGAGGCGGACCAAACUACUAG